UUUAUUCUUUUUUUUUAAUUUAACGAUAAUUUUAUAAGAAUUAAAUAUAACUAUAUAAUUAAAUAAAAUUAAUAUAGAUAAUUUUUAAGUAAAAUUAAUUAAAAAAAAAUAUUUUUGAUGAAUAAUCUUUUUAAAUAAUUUAUUACUAUACUUUUACUAUAAUUUAUGAAAAAUAAUACAAAUAUUUUAUUAAAAUUAAUAAUUAUUCUUCUAUUAAGAGUUAUUAAAUACUUCCUUUUAUAUUUAUUUUCACUAUAAAUAAAUUUAUAUUAUUUUUAUUGCAUAAAGAUGAAAAUCAAUGAAUUUAUAUAAUUCUAUUAAUAUAAUUAUAUGAAUUUCCAAUAAUUACAAUUUUAAAUGUAUUAAUAAUUAUUUAAAUACCGCGGUCAUUUGAUUUACGCGCAUUUCAUGAAUAUAGAAAAUUAAUUGCGAUUAUAUAUAUAGUAUAUAUUUUUACACAAAAAGCAAAUCAAUAUAUUGCAAAAAUUAGUAUUUAACAAAUUUUAAAUAAAUAUUUAUAAUUACAUAAAUAAAAUUAAACUAUAUAUGUUGAAAAAUAUUUGAAAUAAUUUAGGGAAAAUUGGACAAUCUGGAUGUGGGUCGAUUCUGAGACUGUACGUUAAAUUAUGCUUUUUGGAACGUAUACAGAGAAGUUACUGGAAGAUUCGGAACAAGUACGACAGAACAGUAGUUACCGCAUAUUACGUGUGCGUUGAUAAUAUAAUUUUUAAUUUCUAUCGGCGUAUUCAACUUUUUUCAAUAUGUCAGACUGGGACACUACUCCUAUUACUCUGCGAAAACGUCCCCCAAAAGCUUCAGUACUUAAAUCGGAACAAGCAGUGAAUGCUGCACGUCGUCAAGGUUUCGUGGUUGAAACUCAAGCAAAAUGGGGUGGAGGAACAAAUAAACAACACGUAGCAACUAAAAACACUGCUAAAUUGGAUAGAGAAACAGAAGAAUUAAAACAUGAUAAAAUUCCACUUGAUCUUGGUAAAUUAAUUCAACAGGGAAGACAAAGUAAAGGAUUAUCUCAAAAAGAUCUUGCAACAAAAGUGAAUGAAAAAGCACAAGUUAUCAAUGACUAUGAAGCAGGUCGUGGAAUACCAAAUCAAAUGGUGAUUGGCAAAAUUGAACGAGUGUUGGGAAUAAAAUUACGUGGCAAAGAUCGUGGUAAACCAUUAUCAACUCCUGGGAAUAAAAAGUGAAUUUUGUGAAGAAGAAUCUGUACUUCAUACCUUCAUAUAUUGUUCCCUACACAGAACUGCAAGAAAAAUUGUAGGAUUGAGAACAAUUCUCACACUCUUUAACUUUCGUUAUUUUAUUAUAUUCUUUAAAAUAAAAUGUUAUUUUAUUAAAUAUAUUAUUGUUUAUUAUAAAGUAAAUUGUUAUAGUAUGUCUUCAUGUAUAAAAUACAAGAAGCACACUCUUAUUUAAUUUUAAAUGUUAUGUGUUCAGUUCUUACAUUGCAGACAUUAAUUUAUAGAUUAAUUUAUAUACAAUUUUGUUACAUUUUUGAAAUACAUCUGAUUACUAUUAUUGUGAUAUACAUUUAUGAAUAUAUUUUACAAUUUGAUUAAUGUAGGCUAAAUAAAAUAGUAUUAAUGCAAAUAGAAAUAAAAGAUUAAUAUGUGUAUGCAUAUAAAUCAUUGGUUUGAUAACAUUUAUACAUACACAUACACAUUCAUUUCAAUGUAUAAUAUGAUAAGAAUUAUAAUAGUUGUAUAUAAAAAUAAAAAAUUAUUAAAUAAAUAUUAA